GAAGUUGAAAUAUGCACUUCCUUUUCCGUUAGUGACAUUUGACGAUUGGUGCAACAUUUUUGGUCGUGUCCAAAAGCCGGACUCAUCCAACACCAUUCUCUGACUGAGACAUUGAGACCAAGUUGAUAAAGUAGCAAUAUGCCUCCUAAAUUUGAUCCAACUGCGAUUAAGCUCGUGUACGUUAAGGCUGUAGGUGGUGAAGUGCCAGCAACAUCAUCCUUGGCUCCAAAGAUCGGUCCACUCGGUCUGUCCCCAAAGAAAAUUGGUGAUGACAUCUCAAAGGGCACCCAAGAGUGGAAGGGACUAAAGAUCACAGUGAAGUUGGUGGUGCAGAAUCGACAGGCUAAGGUAGAGGUGGUGCCAAGUGCAUCUUCCUUGGUGAUCAAGGCACUCAAAGAACCCCCAAGGGACAGGAAGAAGGUGAAACAUGUUAAGCACUCUGGUAACGUUAGCAUGGAUGAGAUCAUCAGGAUCGCCCGUAUCAUGAGGCCCAGAAGUAUGGCCAAGACCUUGGCCGGAACAUGUAAGGAGAUUCUUGGUACUGCCCAGUCCGUUGGAUGCUCUGUUGAGAAGUGCCCUCCUCAUGACAUCAUCGACCAAAUCAACAGUGGCGAAAUGGAAGUGCCUGAUGAGUAAACCAAACAGAACAUUUUUAAA